AUGCUGAAAGGAAUGCUUCUCUCGUUGCUGGUUUUUGUCACACUUCUAUUCAGUGCCUAUUCUGAAACCCGCGCUAAAAGAGCGAUCAAUCCGUUUCUGGACUCAAUGGGCAAGAGAGCAGUGAAUCCAUUUUUGGAUUCCUUCGGAAAACGAUCAUCACAAUACCAGCCAUACUUCUAUCAUCAAAAGAGGUACUUUGAUAGCUUGGCCGGCCAGUCACUCGGCAAGCGCUCAAUUCAAGCCUAUGACGCUUAG